ACAUCUGAUUAUGGACAAACCGACAUUAGACGUUUCGUCACAAGUUUCUAAUAAAAUUUGUCAACUCUUUCAAUUUAGUCUUCUAAAUUUCACAAUAAAAAUAAUAAAAUUGAGAUUUAAAACACUUUACAUAGGAUAGGCUUUUACAAGUUCUUAUUGUUAGCAAAACAUUACCAUAAGCCUCAAGAAAUGAAACUUUUUAUCAAAGAGCUAAAGGGAAACGAAGUUGUUCUGGACAUUCAAGAUGAAGCUUUCAUUGCCGAUGUGAAGAGACAAGUUGAAAGUAAACUAAAUAUUCCAGUGGCGCAACAAAAACUUAUUUACUUGGGUAAAAUUCUUCAAGACUCUUCUAAAGUGAAAGACUAUAAAAUCCAAGAUAAUGCAAAACUUAUGCUAACGAGAGUGGCGAAACCUGACUUGAAGAAACUUAUCCAUACUCAUUUUAAUAAGUUCUACGACAGUGAAACCGCAACAGCUAUGACAAAUCUUUUCAUCGAAAACAUGAAACAAAAGCUUAAAGACUUCUCUCUCGAUGACUUGGACAGAUUUGCAGAAGUUAUUUUAAGAGAUUCUUAAUUCGAAGACUUAUAUUACUUAGAUAUUUAUUUGAAAGAUAAUAAAAUGUUUUCAAAAUAA